AUGCAAUUACAAGGCGAGCUCCAGCAAAAGGGACACCAACCACACCACUAUCGUGGCCCGAUUCACGGCGUGGGCGUCAUCAUACGAAACGAGGGCUUACGGGGCAUCUACCGUGGUCUGGGAACAGCCUACAUCUACCAAGUUCUCCUCAACGGCUGUCGGUUGGGUUUCUAUGAUCCCAUGCGCAAAGGUCUUGCGACCUUGUUCCUCAACAACGAAAAGGCCCAGAACCUCGGAAUCAACAUGUUUUGCGGUGCCUUCUCUGGCGUCAUUGGUGCAGCCACCGGCAGUCCGUUUUUCCUCGUCAAAACCCGGCUUCAGAGCUAUUCGCCCUUCUUGCCAGUCGGCACCCAACACCAAUACCGCAAUGCUUGGGAUGGAUUGUCAAAAAUCUACCGGGCCGAGGGUGUCGGCGGCCUGUAUCGCGGAAUCGGUGCGGCAAUGAUUCGCACCGGCUUUGGCAGCUCCGUUCAGCUGCCGACAUACUUCUUCGCCAAGAGACGGCUGAUGCGACACGCUGGCAUGGAAGAGGGGCCUGCUUUGCACUUGUCCAGCAGCGCUGCCAGUGGCUUCGUCGUCUGUUGCUUCAUGCACCCCCCCGAUACCAUCAUGUCUCGUCUAUACAACCAAAACGGUAAUCUAUACAAGGGCGUCUUCGACUGCUUGGGCAAGACAAUCCGCACCGAGGGAUUCUUCGCCAUCUACAAGGGAUUCCUGCCUCAUCUAGCUAGAAUCCUACCUCAUACCAUCUUGACGCUUUCACUGGCUGAACAGACCAACAAGCUGGUCAGGAAGUUUGAGGGCCGCUUGAUGCCUAUUGUCGCCAAAGCGUAA